UGUUACUGAGCGUGCUGGUCGUCCUCGGUAACUGCACCGGCUCCUCGAGAUUCGGUUGGGGUUCUAUGAUCGGGAUGUAGGGGAGCAUUAUGACCCGAUUUUUAAUGCUGGCCGCCUCGUCGCAGAAGGUCAUGUGAUGCAGCAUAAUCGGCCAGAACUGCUCGUCCAAGCUGUGCGCCUUGGCCGCGUACCAGUUCGGAAAAUUUUUCCGGAAAUCAUUCUUCACUCGGGCCAGGAAUUUGAACGAGAUUUCCUGCGGCAAGCUCUCCUCCGCCACCACCAGGUACGUGAUCCCGUCGUCGACCAGGAAGGUGAAGUUGUCCCGGUCGCAUGUGUACGUGACGCUGUGGUUGUGCGCCGCCAGCGUCAUCGCGAUCUCAAGGCCGAUCCUUUUGAAUCUGCCCUUGACCGGAUUGCACUCCGCCAGCACCACCAACCCUCCCCGCCUCGUUCCUCGAGCCACGAAGCAGUAGAUCAAGCCAUUCUUCGCCCGGGGCGGGGCAUUGCUUGAUCUACAGCUAAGAAUCGUCCCCAUCCUGCCCGCUCUCCCGCCUCGCUCGAUCUACCCUCGAAUCGGCGGAUCGCGAUCAAGAUCGAGAGCGCGAGAAAACGCAGCUCUCCGAUUCCUGCACUACCGAAUUCGAUCGAGAGAGAGAGAGAGAGAGAGGACCUGAGGGAUCGACUGAUUGACUGACUGACUGUCUGAUCGGGCGCGGACCGAAGGUGACGAGGGUCGUCCAGAGUAUUUGAAUCCGACGACGACAGCAGCAACAACAGCAGUAAGGAGCCCCGAGCCCCGUCCCUCCCUCACUGUCUGCUCGAGACCCGCCGCUGCCUGAAGACCGGGCUCCCGCAUGAUGACGGUUUACCGUUCGAUCGUGCCCUUCCUUGCCGGUCGGGCCCUUCGUCCCCGUCCCGGUAAGAGGACCUCAUUUGGACAGAAGGCGAGCGGGGAGGGGAGCGGGGUCGAGGAGAACGCUGGAGGAGGAUUGGCAGUGGCUUCUCGGCUGCCGGAUGAAGAUCGUCCGGGAAUUGGAAGUCCACCGGAGGAGGGGGGGGAACUCGGCCUGGCGAUGGUCAAUGGUAAUAGAUCACGCCCGGGGUACCCAAAGGGUUUAAGAUCAAGACCAACGAGUCAGUAUUUGAGAGGCCUUUUGUCUCCAGGUUUUACCGUCUCGAGUACGUCGUGCACGUCUACAGUUGGGAUCCAAUCGACUCCUCAUAGCAAGAUCCAAACAGGUUUUAUAAUACUGCUGCACAGAGCAGCUGCAGCAUCAGGCCGUCACAUGCAGUCUCGAGAAAGAAGAUGGUGCCUGCCACAUGUGACACACUCGAAUGUGAAUGGCUGGCUUGGACCGGAAUUGAUCUUAGCUAAGCUCGAGUCUCCUAUCCCAUCUGUCUAUUUCUCGUGGCUGGAAAAUCUUCCAGGUUUGAUUGGACUACAGGUUGCAGCUGCUGCUGGUCCUGGUCCGAUCAACUCUCUUCAUCGAACACUCCUCCACUUGAGACUGUCUGACUUCUCCUUCUCAUGGAAAAAGUUGCGUCUAGAGAGGGUGCGAACUGACUUACCGUUAUAUGGAUAAUGAGAUUUCGACCCGAAGUAAUCGGUGAGGUUGACCACAUAUUCUUCCCCUUUUCCUUGUACAAGGACAAGACCUUUUACGUUCUCUCUGGCAGGCAGGUACCUUCACUCGACUCAAACGGCCUGCGAUGAGUGAAUCAUGAAUUUCGAUGAAAGAUUUGUUCUUUGUAGGAGAUGCAAAUGAGGGAAAUGUAUGAAAUAUAAUAUCACUUCGUAGGUCUCUUCACAAGUUUCAGCUCGUAGCGCAACCUUUCUUCAGAAUACUGGAGCUUCAAGGUCUUGUGCUUCCUGACGGCUAGAAAACACAGUGCCUGCUGAUGUAGAUGACUGCGAGCAACAAAGGGAUAAUAUCGAAAGAUGAUUGUGGUAGAGCAAACUCUGCCAGGAAAUAGCCGAAUUCGCAACUUAUGUCUACGAAAGUCAUUCGAAAAAAUGUGAACAAGGAAAACAUGGAUGAUCUUCAGUUCCACUAAUUCAAUCAAUUAAACAAGAAAUGACUUAGAUACAAGGUCAGGACUUUUGACAGAAUUGAUCUGUUUCAGAUGAAACUGCGAGACACUAAUAUUCUUCACGUUACAGUCUCUUUUCUUUUAUUGUUUAUUUGAGAAUGAACUAUGUUUGAUCCAAGAUUAGGACUUCUACCAUAAUUGGUUUGUUUCAGAUGAAACCACGGGACACUGCUAACCU